GCGGUGGGGUUUUUUUGAUAGAAGAAGAUUGCAAAGCUGCCGGGCGGUUAUCCCUCUGUCGGAGGAAGCCGACAAUGAUAUUUUGCAAUUGCUGUAGGAAGACUGUCCUGGAAAUUCCCACAUUCUGGUGCAAACGCCUCCACGUAGGAGUUUGAAAUGGUCUGAAAGGAUGCAGCCAAAUUCGACGGUUCUGCUGACAAGUCAUUCUGCUGACUUCUCCCAACCCAGCUGUUUAAAACACAGCGUGCACACGGAGGAGUAAGCCGAAGGUACUACUGAAGAUCUGUAGACUUAGAGAAGGUUCGAAACCAUGGAAAGCCUGUGUGCAGCGAAUACCACUUUUGCCCUGGACCUCUUAAGAAAGCUGUGUGAGAAGAAAAGUGGUCAGAAUUUAUUCUUUUCCCCUCUUAGUAUUUCUUCUGCUUUGUCUAUGAUUUUGCUGGGUUCAAGAGGUAACACCGAAGCCCAAAUAACAAAGGUGCUUUCUCUGAACAAAGCUGAGGAUGCUCACAAUGGGUAUCAAUCCCUUCUCUCUGAAAUUAACGAUCCAAACACCAAAUACAUCCUGAGAACUGCAAACCAGCUUUAUGGGGAAAAGACGUUUGAGUUUCUCUCAUCAUUUAUAGAGUUGAGUCAGGAAUCCUACCACGCUGGGCUGGAACCGACUGACUUCAUGAAUGCUUGGGAGGAUUCCAGAAAACAAAUCAAUGGCUGGGUAGAGGAAAGGACUGAAGGUAAAAUUCAGAACCUGUUGGCGGAGGGGAUUCUUGAUUCCCUGACCAGACUUGUGUUGGUGAAUGCCAUCUAUUUCAAAGGCAACUGGGAAAAGCAGUUCAACAAAGAGAGAACCACAGAAAGGCCAUUUCAGAUUAACAAGGUAUGAUGUGCUGAAAUGAUGAGAAUAUGCAGUUAAUCUGAAAUGAACACAGAGCAUUCUGAAGAAAAAAACAUUCCAGCAGGGUGACCUUGGUUAGGCUGUAUGAAAUUCCUUAUGCCCCCUCCCUUUCCUAUGGACACUUGCUUGGUUGAGUUUCUGUGAAGUUUCCCAUAAUUACUAGAAAGUUUAUUAUAGCAAGUAUUUCUUUCAUUCUCUCUCUCCUUUUUUCCUUUAACCCUUCUUUGUUUGAGAAAGUUACCCCUCUACGUAAUGACAGGACUCAGAAGUGAUGAGGAGAGAACACUUGAGCAAAGUUGUCAGGUUAUUUCAGUGUCAUGAACAAUUUCACAGAAUUAGUGAACUUGAUUAUUUCAGCCUAAAACUGGAGUUGAUCAGAAGAAUAUUUUUUUCUUUAGGUUUUAGGCAGAAAAGAGCACUUAUACGCAUCCAGAAAUUUGUAUAUCUAAGUCUUCUUCACUCAGUGUUUUUUUGCUGCGUUUCUACCAGUGAACUGAUCCAAAAUAAAUGGGAGAAAAAUCUCCUGUGAAGACCUGCAGGUUAUACUGUCUUGCUUUUAGAAGCAGAUCAGGGCUAGUGAGGAAGGCUUGGCUACUGUCAUGAGCAGGCCAUGGCUGCCCCUCAGGAUCCCCUCCACCUCUGGGUUGGCCUCCGGUGUCAGGAACCAGAACUGCUAACAUGCCUUCCUUAACUCACCUGCUUCAAAGAAGCAUUAUGCAGAACAGAAGCCCUGAUGGCUGACUUGGAAGUGUCCCUCCCCCAGUGGUGAAAUAUAUCCAAGAAUGUUUGAAAUGGUUAAUACCACUUUUUCAACAGGGAAUGUUACUGCUCACCCCAUACUACCU